UCUGUGAUGAAAUUCAACAACCCCCCUGUGAACAGCCUGAGCCUGGACCUGCUGACAGAGCUGGUCAUAAACCUGGAGAAGCUGGAGAAUGACAAGGCUGUCCGUGGCAUCAUCCUAACAUCGAACUGUCCCGGAGUCUUCUCUGCUGGCCUGGAUCUGCUGGAGAUGUGCGGACGGAACCUGGCACACUACACUGAGUACUGGAAGGCAGUCCAGGAGCUCUGGCUGCGGUUCUGCCAGUCCCCAAUGGUGUUGGUGGCUGCCAUCAAUGGAGCCUCCCCGGCCGGAGGCUGCUUAAUUUCCCUGACCUGUGACUACCGCAUCAUGGCUGACAACCCCAAGUACACCAUCGGGCUUAACGAGACCCGGCUGGGCAUUGUGGCCCCCUUCUGGUUCAAGGACUCGGCAGUGAAUGCCAUCGGUUACCGUGCUGCGGAGCAAGCCUUGCAGCUGGGCCUGUUGUUCCCGCCAGCUGAAGCCCUGAAGGUGGGCCUGGUGGACCAGGUGGUGCCCGAGGACCAGGUGCAGAGCACAGCCCUGUCGGUCAUGGCUCAGUGGCUAGCCAUACCAGACCAUGCCCGGCAGCUGACCAAGACCAUGAUGCGUAAGGCAACUGUGGACCAGCUGCUGAAGCAGCGGGAGGCGGACAUCCAGAACUUCGUCACCUUCAUCUCCCGGGAAUCCAUCCAGAAAUCCCUGCAGAUGUACCUCCAGAAGCUCAAACAAAAGCAAAACUGA